ACCGCCGCUUGAAUAAAAAGGAAGGACACCGGAACUUUAUCAGGGAACACUGUAGAGAAGCAGCACGAUCAAACAUGGGCCGCCACUUUGGAGACUUGGCCAAGGUCAGGCAUAUAAUCACAUACAGCCUGUCCCCCUUUGAGCAGAGGGCUUUCCCCAACUACUUCUCCAAGGGAAUCCCCAAUGUGUGGAGACGGUUCACAGCCUCUUUCUUCAAAGUUGCCCCCCCAAUGACCCUCAUGUACCUGACAUACACCUGGGGCAACAGCGUCCAUGAGCAGGGCAAAAGGAAGAAUCUUGCUGACUUUGAGAAUGAAGAGUAAAUUCCUGCCACCUUUCUGAAAGCUGCCCUCUGUUAUUGUUUCCAACUCUGUAUGUUUCACCAAUAAAGACAAAAGAUAUUUAUGUGAA